AAUGUGGCCUAGGACAAACCGAAGCAUCCAUCCCCUGAGUUGACAGCUUCCUAAUCGCAGUUAGUCCUCGCUCAACUCGAGCAACCAUGUCGCUGAUUCCCCGCGGCAAAGCUUUCGACCCCUUCUCCCUUGACCUCUCGGACCCCUUCGAUGGCUUCCCCUUCGGCUCCGGCGGCAUCAGCAGCUUCUUCCCCUCGUUCCCGCGCGCAUCCUCCGAGACCGCGGCCUUCGCCGGCGCGCGGAUCGACUGGAAGGAGACUCCCGAGGCGCACGUGUUCAAGGCGGACGUGCCGGGGCUGAAAAAGGAGGAAGUGAAGGUGGAGGUCGAGGACGGCAACGUGCUCCAGAUCAGCGGCGAGCGCAACAAAGAGCAGGAGGAGAAGACGGGCACGUGGCACAGGGUGGAGCGCAGCAGCGGCAAGUUCCUGCGCAGGUUCCGCCUCCCGGACAACGCCAAGGCGGACCAGAUCAAGGCGGCCAUGGAGAACGGCGUGCUCACAGUCACCGUGCCCAAGAAGGAGGUCAAGGAGCCGGAGGUCAAGUCCAUCCAGAUUUCUGGCUAGGCUGCUUCGGGAUUGAGGUUCGAUUCGCUGCUCUGAGGUUGGACUCGCUCCUUUCGUGACUUCUGCUCAAAGGCCUGUAAUAAGUGUGGAUUUGGGUCCGUGUUGGGUGUGAGUCUGCCCUUGUCAGUACUGUGUUCAACGUCCGCGUCCAGAGUUAUAGUCAUGUAAUGCAAGCAUCCAGUCCGUACCGCUGUGAUCAACUUGUGUACUGGUUUCAA